AGCAAAGGCCAAACAGCACCCAUAACAAUCAGCUAUUAAUCUCCGAUUUUCAGGCGAGGAAAGCGACAUCAAUCCAUUCGCGCUGGGAGCUCUAAAUACAGCGUGAUCUAGCAGGCUAUCAGGAAUCACCUCCCCCUCCGUCGCUCUCGGCUUUAUUUAGGGCUGUUAUUUGACUGGAAGAUCCUGGUAAGACUCAAAAGAGCUGGCGGUAGGAGCCACUCCGUUUGACUGACGACGCUCAUGCAGCGCUUUUCCAGGACCUGUCGCAGUCGGCACCCGGCCAGCUGUCCUGCCCCCAGUGUCUAUGGCGUGCCCAGGGUGAUGUCGCUGUCCAUGGUGCUGAUCUCGCGGUGUUCGCCAUUGGGCUGCUGUCCGCGGUCCUGAUCGCUGUCGCUCUACCUGGGUCGGUUCAGUCGCUGUUUGCCAGCCAUUAUCGUUGCGAUGAAACAUCUUGUUCUCUCUGGGGUUUUUAUUUGUACAAUCGACGAAAUUUCGAGCUGUAGCCGUGUCCGUGGUAUUGUUUGUGGCUCCCGUUGAUUGUAACUUACGGCUGCACACACACACACACACACGCACGGGCAGGCUACCUAUUUUUUUGAACUCCUGUUCCGUUUCUGGGUGAAUGAUACGAUUCCGGGCUCGGCCAGGGGCCUAGAAUGAUCCUAAAUUGACCGGGACGCCCAAGGAGAGCGGUGUCAAUACCCGCGACAUGCACGGGGAUCGGCGCUAACCCAGAACAGAUUGGAGCGACUUGCGUGUAGAAGCAGCAUUUAUGUGAGGGUGAAACGGCAUUAUACAGUCGAAGCCUGUGGCUAUAUGUCACCCCUAUGUCACCGCUCACUUAAAGUGAAACCGCGUCUCCUUAUUGUCCGCCAAGUGGCCUUUCGACUGGUUCGUAAUUCGAUGAAAUUUCACGCAAGCUUCACUCCCUUUUGCGGACGCUUCAUCUUGUAAGUGAAUUUGAGAAAUGUCUACACAUAGCUCCAGUGACAUCAAGCCUCCCUGCAUGCCCAGGAACGGACUAGUCAAGAUUCCAGCCCAGUCCAAUGGAUUAGGAUCAGCCAGUAUCACCAAAGGAACCCCUGCCGCUAAAAACCGACUGUGCCAGUCCUCAUCAAUUCCAACAGUACUCCCCCCACCUCUACCUAACCACAGUGAACUGGCUUCACUAACCCAGGCAGCACACGGACCCUCCUCAUCUCUGUGUGGACUGACUGACACGAUUCCACUGGUGGAACCAAACUCUAACAAGACCUUGCAAAGUACAUGCCAGCCAUCAGGGUCCAAACGAAAACUGUCACUGUCUUCAAUGGAAGGACAAUUGCCUAUAUUGGAUGAGAAGAUCAUCAACCGACUCUUCUGGUACUUUUCCUCAUGCGAAAGAUGUGUUUUGGCGCAGGUCUGUAAAGUAUGGAGAAAGGUCUUGUAUCAGGUCAAGUUCUGGGAAGGCAUCACACCCAUUCUCCACGCAAAGGAGUUGUACAAUAUCCUUCUCAAUGGAGAAAAGGAGUUUGUCAACCUGCAAGGAUUCGCCAUCCGUGGCUUUGAUUCUUUCUGCCUGAUUGGAGUCUCUGAUCUGGACAUCUGUGAGUUUAUAGACAACUACCCUCUGUCCAAAAAAGGUGUGAGGUCAGUGAGCUUGAAAAGAUCGACGAUCACUGACGCAGGACUUGAGGUCAUGUUGGAGCAGAUGCAAGGGCUGGCCCACCUUGAGCUGUCAGGCUGCAACGACUUCACGGAGGCCGGCCUGUGGUCCAGCCUGAACGCGCGGAUUACCUCGCUGAGCGUCAGCGACUGCAUCAACGUCGCCGACGACGCCAUCGCCGCCAUUUCGCAGCUGCUGCCCAACCUGACGGAGCUGAACUUACAGGCCUACCACGUGACGGACACGGCCAUGGCCUACUUCACCGCCAAGCAGGGCUACACCACGCACACGCUGCGCCUCAACUCCUGCUGGGAGAUCACCAACCACGGCGUGGUGAACAUGGUACACAGCCUGCCCAACCUCACCGCCCUCAGCCUCUCCGGCUGCUCCAAGAUCACCGACGACGGCGUGGAGCUCGUGGCGGAGAACCUACGCAAGCUGCGCAGCUUGGACCUCUCGUGGUGUCCACGCAUCACCGACAUGGCGUUGGAGUAUAUUGCAUGUGAUCUGCACAAGCUCGAGGAGUUGAUAUUGGACAGAUGCGUGCGGAUUACUGACACUGGACUUGGCUAUCUCUCUACAAUGUCUUCCCUGCGCAGUCUGUACCUGAGAUGGUGUUGUCAGGUGCAAGAUUUUGGUUUACAACAUCUCUUUGGAAUGAGGAGUUUACGAUUUCUUUCAUUAGCAGGGUGUCCACUGUUGACCACCGCUGGCCUCUCAGGCUUAAUUCAACUGCAAGACUUGGAGGAGCUGGAACUCACCAACUGCCCUGGUGCUACACCUGAGCUCUUCAAAUAUUACUCACAGCACCUACCCCGUUGUAUGGUGAUUGAGUAAUUAAAUCAGGGAUUGGCUGUUUUCACAGAAGUACCACCUCCAGCCAAACCCAGCACUGAUGACCAAUCAGAGUAAAGCUUGGAGACGAAUCUGCAUCGGCUCAAAUGAUCGGAAAAAUGUUUUUCAUGGUGUCAGGAAUGAGAAAGAAAUUGUGAAUAUUAACAAACUGAAAUUCUUUUUGCUUUGGUGUGCACCAGAGUCAUCCCAUUCUCUGUCUGGAUGUGUGAAUUCCACAAUCAUUCCUGCUCAUCACACUGCUCUUUUUAACUAAACGUGGAGUGGUUGUGACCAGGCUUGUUCUGAGCAUGUGCAGCAUUUGCGGGUAGCUGCUGUCACAUGCCACUGCUGUAACUCUUGUUGUUUCAGUGCUGGAUCUCUGUAAUGUGUCUUAACGUCUGUGUAGAGUUCCGUUUGCUGAAAUGUUUCCCACUGCGGAUGUGAGGCUGUAAUUCUCUUGUUAGAAGUGAGUUGUGAUGAUCAUCCCCUGUACUGGGGAUGGAUCUCUUCAGGAGGCGCUUGCCAACUCAUUCUCUUGACUCUAUCUGACUAACAACGGAAUCCUGUCACCGCCAGCCCUCACAUCAGCAGAUAAUUCUCUUUUUAACUUGGUAUUCUCCUUUUCAGUUACUAAGGCUGGCUGGUUCACUGCUGAAAUCUGUAAGAGGAAGAAAGUGGGGGAACUGGAUUGGGAUUUAGACGAUCAAGUGCAUCGGAUGCCAUUUUUCCAUCCAGGUCAAAGGACAAAUGGGGAAAAGGUCAGCAUCAGCGAUGGCCCAUUUCAUUCCUUAAGACUUCAGAGAUGGGCUAAUCUGGACUGUUUUGAUAUCUGCAAGAGUUUGUUUUCAUAGAGACCAAAAGAAGCCCACUCUGAUUCUGUGCCUCCUGCGAGAGCAGGAUGCUUCUGGGACUUUCUUACUGUAUAUAUUUUUCUGUCUGUUUGGAUACUCUUUAAAAAAAAAGUUAUAGCUUAUAUUUGCUAAGUGUUUUCCUGUGCUGUUGCCCACUGGCUCGCCUGUGAUUUAUAUACUGCAUCGCUUUAAACGAAAAGGUACAGGAAGAGAUUGAGACAACGAAGGUGAAAAGGAAGGCCUGCACUCCAUAUGCCACUUGUAAAAGCACCAAGUUCCCCUACCACCCUCCCCCUCCUUCCCUCCCCAAAACAAUGAAAUUUUACAAAAAACAUUCAAAGCAAAAGCUGAAUAUUAUUUCUAACAUUGCUUUCCGCUGGAUUGUGAUGCCUUUGUUGUGUACAGUGUGAUGCUUCCAUGCUGCAGUAUCCUUUCGGAAAGUCAGCCCACUGUCAGUACAAAUAUUCUUAAAAUAAAUAUUCCAAACAAACACCUAGGCCUGGCUAAUAUUAUUGAAAGUGUUGCCAAACAAAUUCAUUGAAGACCAUUCCACACUAAAUGAGCCUGUUCAUCCACUGCCAGUUUAAAUCCAAACACUUGUUUGCUAAAACCCAAAUGCUUACUAAACCAAUGCCAUUUUAAUGUUGUUCAUGGUUGCAAAGUUGCUAUUACCUUAAUGAACAAAUCUUCAUACCUAAGCAAAUGAUUUCCCAUUUCUGUGUUCAGCUACAGAUGUCGCAUCGCACUUUUUAAAAAAUUUAUAACUGCAACAUCAAUGCAAGUAUAACAACAUUAGCAUUGGGCUUCUCAAAUUUACUCAUUGCUUGAAGAGAUUGGCAGAUACUAUCAGUCAAGAGGGGCCCAUGUUGAUUGUCAUCUAUCUGAAGUGUCCUAGGCCCAACCAUCUUCAGCUGCUUGAUUUAUGACCUUCCCUUCUAUCACUAUGUCAGAGCGGAGAUGUUUACUGGUGAUUGGACAAUGUUCAGCACCAUUUGUGACUCCUCAGAUACAAAAGAAGUCCAUGUCCAAACACAGCAAGAUGUGGACAUUAUCCAGGUUCAGACUGAAAAGUGGUAAGUUACAUUCAUGCCAUACAAAUGCCAAGCAAUGACCAUUUCCAAUAAGAGAGAAUUCAUUUACAUCAUCAUCUCUGAAUCCUCCACAAUCAAUAUUUUGGGGGUUACCAUUGACCAAAAACUGAAUUGGACUAGCCAUAUAAAUAGCUUCCUCAUUUCCCCUCCCCCCACCU